AGUGUGGGAGCGGCUGGUGCUCUCGCUUGACUUCAAUGGAGCUUCUGAACUCCACGGAGUUUUCAAUGCGCAUUAAGGAGAAUCGAUGGAAAUGAAACAUCAGAACCUUGUGAGUUAAGAUGUGCAGACGAGAUAAUCCACCGGAUAGAAAGCAGCUGAUGAAAAUAGGAAUUGCUUUAAUUAUAACUGGCCACUUGAACUUCGUACUUGGAGCGAUUGUCCAUGGAACAGUCCUACGACACCUCACUUUGCCCGGAAAUGGUGUUGUUGCCGAGUAUUCUGUGACCACCAUUUUUGCUGCAAUCUCGGGAAUACUGACAAUUUGUACUGGAAUUGCAGUGAUUGUGUUAUCCGGGAACAUGCCUCGAACAUUCCUGCAGUACGUUGUAUUUACAAGUAGUAUGUUCAACUCACUCAUUACCAUCGCCUGUGUACUGGCACUGGGAGCCUCUGUGGUGGUGACCAUUGCAAAUGGAGGACGGACGUUGCUGGCAGUCUGUCAUCUCAGCUCCUUUAAGGAUGUUAUACAAGUAACAAACGAAUGUCCGUUUGACCCAACCAGAAUUUUUGAUACCACACUUGCAAUGUGGGUUCCAUGUCUGUUACUGACGGGUCUGGAGUCUUUCCUAUCUAUUAAAAGUUUUUUUAUCUCAAUGAACUUAUUGGGAGCCAAGCAGCAACGUGAACAGGUCAUACGAAAACCUCUGGAGCAAAUUCAGGAAGUUGACGAAGACAGUGAACUCUUGGCAACCACUACGGUGAAGUUCUGGGUGUGACCACCAUCUGCCUUGAGUCACUAGUAGUCAGCUGUGGAAUGGAAAAAGUGCGCAUUCCCUGAAUAAAACGCAAUUCCAGGAAAGCAAAGAUUUUCGGGCACUGAUAACUCCUGCAAUGAAGACUGGAUUUUGUUUUGUACUAUAAAGAAUCACAAAGCCAUUCCAGUGGAACACUGUCAGAUAUUUUUGGAUAUAUUAUCAAGAGAUGCUGCCUGAUCUGCUGAGUUACUGCAACACUCUGUGUCCUGUUUUGUAAACCAGCAUCUGCAGUUCCUUGUUUCUACCACACUAAAUGCAAAGUUCAUGUGUACAGAAUGCCAAGCCAAUCACUGUUUUGUGUGAUGACCAGCUAAAAGGCUUGGUAACCAAUCUCAAGGGUAAAUAAUCUGCUGGUGACUUCACAUCCAUGCAGCAUAAUGUUGUAACUAAAUGGUCACAUUUAAUUUAUCAUAUAGGAUUUUAAAUUGUUUGUUUUAUAACUUUCAAUUGUGUUCAGCAAUUUCAUGGUAAAAUACUGACCAUUCCAGGCUUUACUAAUAAAUUUAUGGAUGUAAAGUUCCUUUAAACCAAUUGCUCUCAAAUGGGAAAACUUACUCUUUUUGAAAAUAGAGAGUAUUAAGUAAAGGUUUUCCAUCUUCA